AUGCCCGCCGAUGACAAAUCCUUGGAAGCCGCGGAACAGUGGUGGAAAUGGACCGAAUCGGUUGAUGGGGAUAGAAAUCUCGUAGAAUAUUGGGCUGCCGCAUCUGGCGAGGCAAUAACCAAUGACGAACAGGGCGAACUACGGCUGCGUCCCAUCCUGAUUAUGAUGCCUCAGCCAAUUCCUGCCCGACAGUCAUAUGACAGUAUCCUACACGGCAAGUGGGGAUACCAAGAUAUAAAUGGGAAAGUCGUGGUCUUGAGAAAGGACGAGGCACAAGUUCUCAUGAAUAGAGUUGGCGGAGAUACCCUUUGA